AUGGAGCCAGUCGGGUUCGCCGUCGGCGUCAUCGGACUGGCAGGUGUAUUCAAGAGUUGUGUUGAGCUUUUUGGCUAUUUCUCUACCUACCGUUCCUACGGCCACGACUACAAUACUUUGGACACCAAGCUUCAUGUUGAGAAAGCUGUCUUACUGCAAUGGGCAGACCGCGUGCGUCUGCUUCACGAAGACUAUGAUCGACGGCUCGACAACCCUACCAUCCGAGAAGCUGUAUCCCACAUACUCUCCAGCAUCACACACCUUCUAAGUGAAACUUCCUCCCUUCAACAGCGCUAUGGUGUGGAGCAAAGGGAUGGACCCCAUUCACAACUACUCGUAUCUCAGAGUUCGGCAAUUGUGUCAUCUCUCAUGGAAAAGUUCAAGAAUGACUACAAUGCCAUGCAACUUCGAAUCCACCAUCGAAAAGUCACCACGCCAGUAUCGGACAAGUUGAGGUGGAUGAUCGUGGACAAGGACAAAUUCAACACCCUGAUCGCGGAGCUAUCUCAUUUCACUUCCAAACUGGAUGCUCUUCUCCCCGGAGAUUCCUCUGAGCGGACCGUCUCUUUAUUGGCCUCAUUGAUCAGGAACGAGGUGUUGUCCGUUUACAAGGAGAAUGCCAAGCUGCUCCCUCAACAAGCAGCCGACGGCCGCCUGGAAGGAAAUGACAUACUGCAAGAGGCCCGAGACCAAGAUAGAGCCUUGAAGAGCCUAUGGUUUCGCUGCAUGGAUGACAGGAAGGACAGCGUUUCACCUGCCCACGUCAAGACCCUUCAGUGGGCGCUAAAACCCGCUUGCGAGAGAGAAGGAUGCGAAGCAGAGUGGGACGAUCUGUCUGAAUGGCUUCGAUCGGGGACAGGUGUAUACUGGAUUUGCGGUAAAGCGGGAAGCGGCAAGUCUACGCUGAUGAAAUAUCUCCAUGACAAUCCUGACACGAGGGCGCCAUUGCAAGCUUGGGCAGGCGACUUGCCACUCACAGUCGGUUCCUUCUUUUUCUGGGGGCUUGGAACGCAAGAACAGAAGUCUCUCGAGGGACUUUCUCGAGCAAUCCUGUAUCGGCUUCUGGAGGCUGAAUCCUCCUAUUUACCCUCGGCUCUGCCGCGGCUAUGGCAGGAAGUCCGGGUCAACGCUCAUAAAGAGCCUGACCCACCUUCAAGUGGAGAGCUGAGAGCUGCAUCCGAGUUUAUGACGAAGAAAUUUCAGCCCAAACACCGAUUCUGCUUGUUCAUCGACGGACUAGACGAGUUUCAAGGGAACUUCCACGACGCGAUCAAGUUGAUCAGGGGUCUCUGCUCCAACCCAGCAAUCAAAGUCAUCGUCUCCAGCCGGCCUAUAGCGAUCUGUUACAAUGCCUUCUCCUGCGUGCCCCAGCUUCACAUGGAGAGUCUCACGAGCAAUGAUAUCAAGGAGUACAUAGACGAUGUCAUUGGGUCACACGAUUACAUGGAAGUUCUUGUGGAUUCUGGCGAACAAUCACCAGACAUCAUUACACACAAGCUCAUUGAAAAGGCUUCGGGUGUUUUUUUGUGGGUUAUAUUGGCUUGCCGAUCGAUUCUAGAUGGGUUUGCGGCUUCUGACACUGUUGCAGAGCUGUGCCAACGGGUCGAUGACCUUCCGCCGGAGCUGGAGGACCUCUUUGUGCACAUGCUCAAUAGCGUCGACCGUCGUUACCACGAACAGAUGGCGAAGACCUUGAAAAUACUUUACACACAAGUAGCAUCGACGUAUUCCAGCGAAGGAUUGGAGACCAUCAAACUCGCUUCUUUCGACAGGAACGGCAUGGACUGUGCAUCGAAUCAUCCACUCGAAAACUUUCCGGUACAUGAAGCCCCCAAGAUUUGUUCCGCAAUGGUGGCAAGAUUGCGAAGUCGUUGCGGCGGCCUUUUACAGGUAGAACCUCGAUUUGACUGGGGUAAACAGUCCCGAAGCGACGCUGACUCCAACCUUGAUAUUUGUUGGUGCCCAUCAAGGGAAACAUGUCCCUGGAUCGAGCAGGAGGACCACAACUCGUCGUUACUCACACACAAGUCUGGGGGUUUUCCGGAGCAUUCCAACAUCGAUUUCAUACAUCGGACUGUCUUCGAAUUUUUGGAUAACCCAAAGGUCUGGGAUCUGGCUCCGCUACGGAUAUCAGAUCCUGCCUUCAGUGUGGCUUGCGCACUAGCGGGCAUGGAAUUGCAGCUGUCUUAUCUGUAUUGCCAAAACGGCGCUCGUUUAAGCGGGUCAUUCAAAGAGCUACUCGCGAUUGAUCAUGAACCGCUCGAAAGCGUUCUUCCGGUUCUGGCAAAACUUGCGGACUGUUUGAGUCUGACGAUUCCACGGGAACACUACGCAACCAACGAAGCAGCAUUACAAUCAUGCUUCUCCCGGUUUCUGGAUCCAGCCUAUAAUCGGUCAUCACUUCAAUUGUCACUCCUGUUGGCAGUAGAGGCAGGCUUGGUAAACACUGUCGGUCGUCUGCUUCAAGCCGUCAGGCUGCGACCGCCGAGUGCACCAUUUUCCCCGUUUCCUCUACUUUACCAUGCACUUAUCUUACCCUUUUUGUAUGAUUACGACCAUCUGGGGCUCGUAAUAUUACGCCCGCUUCAUGAGCUCCUAGAGUACUUGCUGUCGCAAGACUUCUCCCCGAACGAAGUUUUUGUGAAUGAGCGGGGACUGUCCACCACACCCUGGAGAGAACUCGUCUUGAAGGGGCAGAGACACUUCGAAAGUUUUCAUGCUGAUAGUGCACUCUUCAUGGUAAUGAUUACUUUUAAGGCUAUGAAGCCGUUAGUUGAGCACGGAGCAGAGCUGGACAAUGUCCUCCCAGGGAUCCCAAUUAUGGAAAAAUUCUUGGACGACGCAUUCGCUCGUUUUCGCAUAGAUCGCUAUAGAAAAGCUGAGCAUAAUAAGAGGAAUCUAGAGGUCAAGGAUAGCCUCAUGGCAGCCAUAGCAAACCGGAGAAGGGUCAUGGCGGCUGAAGCGCUUGCAUCAUCGACAGCUUCGAAACAGAUCAAGGAAACGGACACCGAGCUUGACGAUAGCCUCGGCGCCCAAAUCGACGAGAAGUUGGACAGCAACAGCAACAAGGCUGACACUGAGAGUAGCCCCAAGCUCGAUAUAGGCCGCAAAGUCCACCUCAAACCCUUACAAGAACAUAUGUGGUGGCUUUUGCUAUUUGCCAUACUAGCUCUGAGUAUACACAUGAAGCCUGGCUUGCUGAGCCACGCGGGAUCAUAGAGAUAGCUUCAAGAUUUGGAUGGAUGGAUGAUAUUAGGGAAUUUUGUGGGUAGACGACUUGAUGACCAGCAAUGUGCAAUUUAACA